UUGAACACAGGCGAUCUUUGACGAUGACGUCAUCGUAUCCCGUGAAACCAAAAGGCUGCUGUCAAAUGGGAAACAAAAUGGCCAAAAAUAGCGACGCAAGCGAAAACUAUUGGUGUACUUUCUGUAUGAUCGCUAACGGGAAAGACAAGGAAGCUGACGUUUUAAAAAAAGAUCAUGAGUUGGUGUGUUUCCGGGACAUCUGGCCUGCUGCCCCGCAUCAUUACCUGGUUGUUCCCGUCGAGCACAUUGUCAACUGCGCCUCGCUGCACACAGGACACGUUGGACUUGCAAUACCUGUUGCAGUUGAAAAGAUGGCAGAAAUGGGCAGAGCUGUACUACGGGAGCAAGGAUUUGCUCAUAUGGAGGACAUAAGGAUGGGAUUCCAUCACCCUGCGUACACGUCGGUAGAUCACCUCCACCUGCACGUUCUGGCCCCGGCCAGCAUGAUCAAAGAGGUCUUGAUGUUUAAAUUCCGACCGGGAUCCUUGGCCUUUAUCGAGGAAAAACAACUGAGGAAGUGUCUGAAAAAUGUUUCUUUACCGUCAUGAUGUUGCGGCUGAGGACCAGAUGGAAGUCAAGGGAAAGAGGGCUUCAAUGCUUAGCCUCCAUUUGUUUACUUUGCACACUACAGCCAAGAUGUGUCUCACUUAUGAAAAGCCAUGAUAAAUAUCAGCUUUCACUUUUAAAUAAAGGUUGGUGACGCCUAAUUUAAAAAAGAGCACCCCCGAAA